AUGGAUUACAUUAAGAAAUUUGAUUUGUUUUCUCUUCCAUUCUAAUUUAGAUUAAUGGGAAAAGCUUAAAAAAAGAACACUAUUUUAGGAGGAUUAAUUUCGUUAGGAGUUAUCAUUGUUUCAAUCUCAUAUUUUUGCUAUCUUUGUGUUCUUUACUUUGGAAAUCACUUGCAGCCAUCUAUAUCCUCUACAUUAUAAUACUUUUCAGAAGAAUUCUAAAUGUAGUUUGAUAGAAAUUUAAUUGCCUUCAAGUUAGUUUUAUCAAACGGAAUGCUCAUAUAAGACUUUGAAAGAAGUAGAUAAAAGACUUAUGUAACAAUACUUCCUGUUUUGUCUACAAAAGAUUAAACAGGUAAAGAGAUUUACCAAAAUUUAAAUUUCAUACAAUGUGAAGAUCCUGAUUUAAAAGAUUAUUACUGUGUUGACUACUCUAAUAUUACAAAAGAUAAUAUGAAUGAGCCUUUCUUAAAUUAUUAUCCUUAUGAUAAUGAAAAGUAAAAAUUAGAAGUAUUAGUGCUUUAUUGCACACCUAAUUUAAGUUAUCCUGAUACUGUAUGUGCUACUCGUGAAGAAACAUAAAAAGAAAUUAUAAAUUUUAGUACUUAAACUUAUGUAAGAAUCACUAGUUAAUAAUAUAAUCCAAAUACUAGGAAAUAUGAAAAGAAAAUAAAGUAAGAGCAAUUUUAUUUAUCAGAUAGCUUAGUUUUCUUAGGGAAGUUUAGUUUAAAAAGUACUAAAACCACCGUAAAUGAUGGGUUUAUUAUUUAAAAAGAAGAUUCUAAAACAUACAUUUCAGACUUCUAAAAGACUAAUGAGUAUAAUACCUUUGCGUAUAUGUAAGCUUAGUUAUAACUAGACAUGAUAGGAGCUUGUUAUUUUUACUUGGACGAAAAUGGUAGAAAUGAAUUUGUGUAAUUCGUCUAGUUUCCAAGUGUUUUAGCUUAAUUUGUCAGUAUUUUUAACUCUUUAUUGGUUGCAGGAAUUAUUUGUAAAGAGUUUUCUUAAAGUGAAAUCAUUUAAGAUUUCAUGGAGAUUUAAUUAAAAAAUUACUACAAAAAAAGUGCUAUAGAAUUUAUGCGAGAGGUUGAAACAAAGAAAUAAUCAAAUUCUGUUUCUAUUUAUUUCUAAAAUAAUUUAAUCAACACUUAUAAGCAAAUUCGUAGUAUGAAUUACAAAUAUUAUAUGCAAAAAUUUUUGGACACCAGUUUAUUUAAUAAAAUAAAGUUACUGAUUUUUUCAUAAGGAGGAAAAACUAAAAAAAAUGAUCCAAAAUAAAUUAAGAUUUAUAAAAAACUGAUGGAUUCCACUAUUGAACAGAUAAAUAUUUAUGAUAUUUAGAAAGAACUCUUGAAGUUAAAAAUGAUGGUAAGAAUGAGCUUUACAGUAGAGUAAUAUGCCGCUCUUCAGCUUUGUGGUUUAAGAAUAAUAUUAGAUGAAAAUAUACCUAAUAUAGAUGAUACAGUUUAAGAGGCAAUCAAUUUAAAUGAAGAUCCUUUCAAAAGUUCUAUAGAAGAAGUUAAAAAAUAAAAGCAAGAAACGUCAGAAAAAUCCAGUGAAAAAUAGGAGUGCAUUGAUUAAAAUAAAAAGAUUAUUUAGCAUAAUUAGAAAUCAGAUGAUUAUUUAACUGAAAAAAUAGGUAAUGAGUAAAAAUAAACUAUUUAUCUAGAAGAAAAUAACAGUAAUUAAAAGUAGUUAUAGUAAAAUACUAAAAUCGAGCUUGAAGAAAAUAUGCUUAAAUUAGAUGAAAACAAUAAUAAAAAAUUUCAAAAACUGAAUUUCUAAAGCAUAACUCUUAACCAUCUAGAAAAAAUAGAAAGAUUGGAGAGAGAUAACAAUUAUUUUGAAUAGAAGUUAGAUAAAUUCUUUAGUUAAAAAAAUUUUAAAACAUAAUUAGAUCAAAGAAUCCUAAAUUGCUUAAUAAAUUAUAAGCAACAUUAAUUAGAUACAUAAUCAUUAAUACCAAUCAAUAAGAGCAAUACAAAUCAUUAAUGA